CUCAGCCAGCUAUAUGAAUUCUUAACCAAACCACCUUAUUACCUCUCUAUUCCAGAAACCUUAAACUCGUACAACCCAAAUUAUUAUAUCCUGAGUUCAGCAGCCUAGAAAAUUGACCAUGGAAGAACCAUACUCCAUGCUCCAGAAUUCAACAAAUAUGGAACAAACCAUGUUAACCACUCAAGAAGGCACGCCCAGGAAUUGGAAUCAAGACGCAAUGCUACUCCAUCAACACCUUGUCACUCCACAAAUGGAAAGCACUUCUCAAGGCUCAAUCAACAAUUCCACCUGCAGUUCAUCCCUUCAGUAUCAUGUUUUAUCCCUUUUAGAGGGAAUAAUUAACGAAAAACACAUAGAAGAAACCCUAAUCCAAUCCAAGCUAUUGUCUUGCAAUGUUGGGUCCAUUGCUGCCACAGCGACAGCAACGAUUAUCAAUGAAAGGGAACGAAACGAUUGUGGAGAGAAUGAUCGAAGACAGCACGAGUCGUGUCUUGAUUUGGUUGCUAAAACAAUCGGUAGCAAGAGCUCUGUGUAUCGAGGAGUAAUCAAGUGCAACGAUGAUCGUUUUGAAGCAUUUGUGUGGGAUAACAGCGAUCCAGGGGAAAAAGGAAGAACAGGUUGAAAUAGACUUUAGAACAUAUAUAUCUUUUCAAUUCUCCUUUUAUUUGCUUAUCUCAAGAAACUACUCACUGACUUCGUUUCAUUUUUUC